AUGGAGAACGCCGCCGAACCUCCCAAGGAGCCCUCCAAGAGCGCCCUCAAGAAGGCCGAGAAGCAGGCCAAGAUGGCUGCCGACAAGGCUGCAAAGGCCGCUAAGCAGGCUGCCCUCCCCAUCGUGGGCGGAAAGAAGACCGACGAUAUCAUUGGAAUCACCGUCACCAAGGCAGAGAACUUCCCAGCAUGGUACCAGGAGGUCGUUCUCAAGGGCGAGAUGGUCGAAUACUACCAAGAAAUCUCUGGUUUCUUCGUCCUGCGCCCUUUGUCAAUGCACAUCUGGAACGUCAUCCGAAAGUGGUUCCAGGACCGCAUUGAGCUGAUGGGGGUUGAGGAGACCAGCUUCCCCAUGUUCCUCUCCUCCAAGUCGCUGGAGAAGGAGAAGGAUCACGUCGAGGGCUUUGCUCCCGAAUUGGCUUGGGUGACCAAGGCUGGUGACAAGGAUCUCGAAGUUCCCGUCGCAAUUCGUCCCACGUCUGAGGCUGUCAUGUACCCUUACUACGCCAAGUGGAUUCGCAGCCACCGAGAUCUUCCCCUUCGACUGAACCAGUGGAACUCGGUUGUUCGAUGGGAGGCUAAGCAGACCACUCCUUUCCUCCGAACAAGAGAAUUCCUCUGGCAGGAGGGCCACACUGCCCACCUGACCGAAGAGCUUGCCGGAAAGGAGGUUUUGGAGAUUCUGGAGCUGUAUGCUGGUGUCUACGAGCAGCUUCUGGCUGUCCCCGUUGUCCGAGGACGCAAGACUGAGAACGAGAAGUUCGCUGGUGGUUACUACACAACCACCGUUGAGGGCUACAUUCCUUCCAACGGCCGUGGUAUCCAGGGUGCCACGUCCCACUGCUUGGGCCAGAACUUCAGCAAAAUGUUCGACAUUACUGUUGAAGACCCUGCCAACAAGGGUUCUCACAUCCACGUCUGGCAGAACUCUUGGGGUCUGUCCACCCGUGUCAUUGGUGUCAUGAUCAUGGUACACGGUGAUGACAAGGGUCUUGUCCUUCCUCCCCGAAUUGCCAAGACUCAGACCAUCCUGAUCCCCGUCGGUAUCAACAAGAGCACUACCCCCGAGGACAGGAAGAAGCACGAAGAGCAGCUGGAUGGCAUCCGGGAUACCCUGAAGAAGGCUGGUGUCCGAGCUGAGUCUGACUGGAGAGAGGGCUACACUCCUGCCUGGAAGUUCAACGACUGGGAGCUCAAGGGUGUUCCUCUGCGAAUUGAGUUUGGCCCCAAGGAUGCUGCCAAGGAGGUUGUCAGCUGGGCCAGACGUGAUACCGGUGAGAAGGGCACCAUCCCUAUCGCCGAGGUCGCUACCAAGGUUCCCGAGCUGCUGGAGACUAUUCAGUCAGAUAUGUACGCCAAGGCCGAGAAGUCGUUCCGCGAGCACCGCCUGCAGAUUACCAAGUGGGAGGAUGUCCUUCCCGCUUUGGAUGACAAGAACGUUGUCCUGAUUCCCUUCUGUGGCGAUGGCAAGUGCGAGGACCGCAUCAAGGAGCUGACCACUCGUGAGGACACUCAGCCUGACGUCCCCGAGAGCCAGAAGCUCCCCUCCAUGGGCAUGAAGAGUUUGUGUAUUCCUUUCGAGCAGCCUGAGGGUGUUGUUGCCGGCGAGACGGAUUGUCUUAGCCCCGAGUGCCAGCGCAAGGCUCAGUUCUGGACCAUGUUUGGUAGAAGCUAUUAA